UUUGUCACCGCCCGCAAACACGAUUCUUUGUAGUUUUCGAAUAUGACGACAGACGUCGCAUUCUUGUUGUCAUAGAGACGGUCACAUGAUCUCUCGACGAUUGUUUUACCGGGAAAACGUGUCAGUUUUUAUUUCUUUUCCGCUGGGAACGUUUUAAAAGUAGUAUUAUUAUUUUUUGUUAAUUAUGUCAUUGUCGUGUAGUUAUUAUCCUGAUUAUUUCUCGAUUACUGACAUCCUCGCCACGGAGGAGCGAAUCACGUCAAAAGUCGAAGUUGCUGUACCGCGACUGGGCAUUUUGGAUCAUUCUUCUGAAAGUGAAGAUCUCAAAGCCGGGACUAAACUCGAAUUGCCGUUUUGGUUGGCUUUUCCACUAAACGCUCGGAAAAGGCCAAUUGUGAGUGUUGAAUUACCAAAAGUUUACAAAGAAGGUUAUCGAGACAUACUAGAAGCUGACGCAAGUGUUGUCACACUCAACAAAUGGAAUCCUUAUUACUACGAAUUAGGAAUGUACUUGAGGCAGUUCAACAACCGUGAGAGUGAAAAAAUAACGGACAGCCUGCUCCAAACGUUUAAAACGAGAUUCAGGCUGAUUAUGGAUUGGGCUGAUAAUCCGGUGGUCGAUCUGAACGUGGGCUUGCAACUGCCGGUCUUGGAAAGAGGGUUGUUUCUUGCAGGUAGAAAGGCGAGAGUACUUUUGAUCCAAUGGCUAGAAAAGGGUGGUGGCAAUAUUGAGACUUCCGAACUCGUUGCUAAUUUGUUGAAAAAACGUAAAGGCGUUUAACUGUUCAAAUCUAAUGAACUUCAGGAAUAUUCAGUUCUCUGAUUAUUUCACAUUCUUAAACAUGAGAAAACUGAUAUUUGUAUUUUUUAGUGAGAAUUUAAUAAAUUUUGUGCCAGAGAAAAAAACUUUUUUUGAGGCAUUCAAUCCCAAAACGAUUCAGUGAAAAAAACAUUCUACAUUCUAAAAGAAAAUGCCUGUUGAUUUUCAGAAUUUCCACAAAUAUAUCCUAAGACAUGAAAACAAACAAAAAUGUAUGGCGUUUGCAGCCUUUAUUCGAAUUUCCCACGAUUCCCAGAGCUUGUUACUGGUAAGCCUGAUACAGUAGUUAAAAUGACUUGUAAAAAAGUAUUACGAAAGGAAUUUUGAAUUGCAAAUGCAACGCUACCGCAUUGACCACAGGGAAUCAGUUUGCUUGAUAAAUUUCACAACGGCAGCCUUCUGAACGGUUCAUUAGAUUCGAAAAACCGACGUUUGCUGUCUCAACUGUGAGAAAUGAAAGACCAGAAAAACCUCCAUGAAUUACCAUCUACGGUUGAUGCAAUAGUCUCAAAAAUGUGGACUAGCUAAAAUUUUAGUAAACAUCGAUAUUUUUUUUACCCAAGAAAGCAGAGUAAACUAUUGAAUCGCUGAUCAUUCAAGAGAAAAUUGUAUAAAAUGGGUUGAAAGAGAAAAACACCGUUUUUCAUUCGAUGCGAUGUUAAUUCCUCAUACCAACAACCGAUUCAAUCACAUAUCCCUUUAUUCAAAUAUACAAAUAUCGUAUACGAUAAUAAUAAUUAAAUAACAACAUAUAAAUUUUAUAUACACUUUUCUUGUACGAAUUCAGUCACAAUAACAUAGUGGACAAUGUUCGAAAUGUAUUUAGUAGAUAAAUUUGCUGUGUUCAUACAAGGCAACAAAUAAUGAUAACAUUCAUUUCACAACCCACGA